UUUACGUCAUUUAAUUCCUAUUUUCCACAACAGAGGCUGGGAAAAAACAGCGGAUUUUAUAAGAUACCGUCGUAGGAGCACUCUGAGAUGUCGUACGUGUUCAUCAACGACUCCCUGCAGGCCACAGUGCCGCUGCUGCAGGCCUGCAUCGACGGGGAUCUGGUUCACACUAAACGCCUCCUGGAGUCUGGGUUCGACCCCAACAUGCGGGACUGCCGUGGACGCACCGGCCUGCAUCUGGCUGCUGCUCGGGGGAAUGUGGAGAUCUGCUCUCUGCUGCAUAAGUUUGGUGCUGAUCUGCUGGCCACCGACUCACAGGGAAAUACGGCUCUGCACAUGUGCGGACAUGUGGACACCAUCCAGUUCCUAGUGUCCAACGGCCUCAAGAUUGACAUCUGUAAUCACAACGGAGCCACUCCUCUGGUUCUGGCCAAGAGACGCGGCGUUAAUAAAGAUGCUCUUCAUCUGUUGGAGGGUCUGGAGGAACAGGAGGUAAAGGGCUUCAACCGCAGCUCACACUCCAGUCUGGAGAAGAUGCACAUGGCUGAGAAUGAAAGUGCCAUGGAGAGCCACUCUCUCCUGAACCCGCACCUGCACCACAGCGACGGCGUGUUGUCCAGCUUCAAAACCACCUGGCAGGAGUUUGUGGAGGAUCUUGGUUUCUGGCGAGUGCUCCUGCUGCUCCUCGUCAUCGCUCUGCUCUCACUCGGCAUCGCUUAUUACGUCAGCGGAGUCUUACCUUUCGCAUCCAAUCAGCUGGAACUUGUACAUUAAACCACCGGCACAUCAGAGAUCAUUAACCCUUGUGUAAUGUUCAAAUUGACUCCCCAUUCGUUAUGCUGGGGGCUGUUUUUGACCCCAUUGACUUCCAUUAUAAUCACAUUAUUUGAUUGCAAAUCUAUGAUAGCAUGUAAUCAUGCGCUCUUAAUUGUUGGUGGUUUUCCUGUUGGGAAGAGGUCAAAUGUGUCAUUUGUACUGUUGAUCAUCAGUUGGCUGCAUUAACCCUUUAGAUAGGCCUAUGCAAAAAAGGUUACUGGCUUUUACAUGGAGUUCUGUGGAGAAAAACAGCAGAUUAUAGUGUGUGUGCAGAAAUACACUUACAGGGGCGUAGCAACCGGGGGGCAGGGGGAUCCGUCCCCCUCACUUUUAGAAACAGACCAUUUAGAAACAGGUGAUUAAUAAUUAUAUGAACGUAUGAUCUCAUACAGCCC